CCAUCCAUGAUCCAUCCUCCAUACAAGCAGAGAACCAGUAGGCAGUAGUGUGCAGAGCACAGCAAUGGCGUCUCUUUGCCGAGGCUACCUCCUGUUCGUCCACCUCCUGCUGCUGCCCGUGGCGCUUCUCCCGUGCGCCCAUGGAGCACCAGCAGACACGGGUAAGAUCAAAAUCUCGGCCGUCUUCGUGUUCGGCGACUCCAUCGUCGACCCCGGCAACAACAAUAAUCGGCUCACGGAGGCGAAGGCAGACUUCCCGCCCUACGGCCAGGACUUCCCCGGCGGGGCGGCCACCGGGAGAUUCUCCAACGGCAAGGUCCCUGGGGACAUGUUUGCUUCAGGGUUCGGAAUUAAGAAACUACUGCCACCAUACAUUGGAGACGAUCUUCAACUAAGUGACCUACUUACUGGUGUCGUAUUUGCCUCAGGAGGCAGUGGAUAUGAUCCUUUAACUUCUAUACCCGCGACUGCUACAUCAAGUACCGGGCAGCUUGAGUUAUUCCUUGAGUAUAAGGAGAGGUUAAAAUAUUUAGUUGGUGAAGAGGAGACGACACGUGUAAUCUCUGAAGGCAUAUACUUCACAGUCAUGGGGGCAAAUGACCUUGCAAACAAUUACUUUUUACUCCCCUUGAGGCGCCAUCAAUAUGACCUUCCUUCAUAUGUUAACUUUCUUGUUUCUUCGGCCGUCAACUUCACUAUGAAAUUAAAUGAGAUGGGUGCAAGGAGAAUUGGGUUCAUUGGCAUUCCACCAGUUGGAUGUUGUCCUUCACAAAGAAUACUUGGAUCAAGAGAAUGUGAGCCAUUGAGGAAUCAAGCAGCACAAUUAUUCAAUUCUAAAAUCACAAAUGAAAUACGCCGGCUAAAUGAAGAACAAAGUGUUCCAGGCUCAAAGUUUGCUUAUCUUGAUAUAUACUACAAUUUGCUUGAUCUCGUUCAGCGACCACAAUUUUAUGGUUUCAAGGAGGUAGCCGAGGGAUGCUGUGGCAGCACAGUACUAAAUGCAGCAAUAUUCAUUAAAAAUCAUCAUGCAUGUCCAAAUGUUAACGAUUUCAUUUUUUGGGACAGCUUCCACCCUACUGAAAAGGCCUACAGCAUUGUGGUUGAUAAACUCUUUCAGCAAAAUAUGCAUGACCUAAUGUGAAUCUCCGGACACAUGAACAAGUUCUAUUAGAAUCACAAGUCAAUUUGAGAGUUAGUACUCUCCUCCACUGUGACUAUUUGACCGUGUGCAUGUAUACUUUUACAAUGAGUGAAUGUUUUAACCUUUCAAAUGGGUCAGAGCUUGUCGAACAUAUGCGGGAAUUGUUCUUAUAGACUCGAACAUGUACCUGUUUCGAACUUUC